AUGGCCGCUGAAGCCGGCAUGGCGCAACCCGAGCAACGCGACAACGGCGAUAACAACACCGAACCCCCGACAUCCCAGAUCCUCACCCUCACCCAGUUCCACGCCGCCCUGGCAACGGCACUGCUGAUCGCUACAUCCAGCCAUAACUACCACCACAAUCACUACCAUCACCACCGGCAGGGUGUCACCCUCGUUAAUGCGCUGUCCUACCUCCACUUCUGGUGCGCCACACUGGGUUUCGCCUGGUGGUAUGCCUCGCAGUGCGCCAGCUUCAGCACGGCCGAGGCAGGCUGGGUGCGCCAGGCCCUGCUGACAGCGCGGGCGGGCUAG